AUGUGGGGCCAGCGGCAGGAGCGGGGCGGUGGGGAGUCUGCGGCCGUCGUCGCGGUAGUGACGGAGCCGCGGUUCGCGCAGAGGUACAGGGUCUAUCUCGAGCAGCAGCGGCUCCUGGACAGGCGGCACCGCGUGGAGAGGCUGCGGGACGGCUCCGUGGCGCUGCCGGUGCUGGGGCCGACCCUGGCGGAGCAGCACCUGCGCGAGCUGCGGGAGCGCGUGGCCCCGGGCAGCUCCUGCGCGCUCGCUCGGCUCCCGGAGCCCGCGCCGUCCAAGGCGGCCCGGGGCUGCCCACCCGCCCGCAGGCUGUGCCUGGAGGUGAGCCGCUGGGCGGCCGGCCGGGGAGUGGCGUGGUCGGCGCAGUUGGAGGCCGAUUUGCCCCGGUCUUGGCAGCGACACGGUGACCUGCUCCUGCUCGGCGAGGACUGUUUCCAAGCCAGGCAGUGGGAGGGCCUGCAGCCAGAACUCUGGGAGACGGUGGCCUCGGCGCUUGGGGGCCGGCGUUUGGCCAAGCGAGGGAGGGUAUCGCCGGACGGCGCGCGAACGCCGGCGGUGACCCUGCUGCUGGGCGACAGCGGCUGGGUGGAGCACGUGGACAACGGGAUCCGAUAUGAGUUUGACGUGACCCGGUGCAUGUUCUCCUUCGGAAACGUCACCGAGAAGCUGCGCGUGGCGGCGCUGCCCUGUGCCGGAGAAGUGCUGGUGGAUCUCUAUGCCGGGAUUGGUUAUUUUACUUUGCCCUUUCUAGUUCACGCUGGGGCUGCCUUCGUCCACGCCUGUGAGUGGAACCCCCAUGCUGUAGCUGCUCUAAGAAAUAACCUGGAGAUCAACGGGGUGGCCGAUCGGUGCCAGAUACACUUUGGGGAUAACAGAAAACUGAAACUUUCAAACAUUGCCGACAGGGUGAACCUGGGACUGAUCCCCAGCUCUGAAGAAGGUUGGCCCAUUGCCUGCCAAGUACUACGUGAGGACGCUGGGGGCAUUUUGCAUAUCCACCAAAAUGUGGAAUCUUUCCCUUGCAAGAAUCUCCAUUCUCCUGGAAGCAAUACCGUGGAGGAGAAGGAGCUUAUCACCAGCCAAGGGGGAAAUGGAGCUACCAAGGAUUCUAGCAGGAAAAUACUGUCAGCGGCCACCAAGCCAGAGUGGCAAAGGUGGGCGGAAUUUGCAAAAACUCGGAUUGCUGUUCUUCUUCAACAGGUGCAUGGGAAACCGUGGAAGACAGAAAUCCUGCACAUCCAACCAGUGAAAUCCUAUGCUCCCCAUGUGGAUCACAUUGUCCUGGAUUUGGAAUGCCGCCCCUGCCCUCUGGUUGGCUAGAGAAGGUGGAUCCUGAGACACCAGGAUCUUCAUGCAUUGGUUCAGGCUGGGUUCUCAGCUCUCUUGCCUCUAUUUUAAUAUCUUGUGGCCCCACCAGCAGAUUUUAGUCCAAUCCAAAUUACUGCAUUUGUCUUCCAUGACCACACUGAGGAUAAGGUACAUUUCUGGGGGAGCAGUGAGGUUCACUGAAAUGGCCAUCCAAGCUAUACUGAAUUCCUAAUUCUAACCUCAGUUCUGUCGGACCAGAGGUGCAUGGUUGCACUAUUGUUUUCUGUCUGGGAUGUCCUCACUUGCAAAGUGAAGGUUCCCAUGGGCUGUCUCACCUGGCUGUUCUCUCGUAAGCAGUUGCACACAGGGUCAUUUUAGAGCGAAAGACACAAUGCUGUUUCCAAAGUCACUGUGGUGACAACAGGGAAGAUCUAUUGGAGGGACCAGGAUGGAAGCGGGGAGACUAGUGACGAGGCUCUGACUGCCCAGGCAGGAGAUGAUGUUGUGGCCUGGGGGGUGUGUGUUGGGGGGGAUGUGGAGGCAGGUGGAUUUGAGAAAAUUGAUGGAAUUAAACUAUGGAGUCCAAAUCAAGGCAUUAGGUGGUGCUGUUUAGUUAUUAUGACUGACUAGGUUAGCGAGGGAAGGAACUGACAUUACUUCAGUGUGCUAAUUUCAUUCCCUUGCUGUAGCUUUCCUAAAUGAGGAUGGGCGUAUGUCGUCUAGCUUACGGUUAUUGGGAGAAAAAAAGUUAAAAAUGAUUGCUUUAGGUCAUGGGGAAACUAGAUUUCUAACUUUAAUCUUGUGCAGUAACUCCCAAUUGCUUACUAUUUUAAAAUUUAAAAUUAAAAUCUUAAAUUUCUGGAGACGUCAAAUUCUUUUCAUUUUCCUUUCUGGGCUGACAACCCCAGGGCUCACAGGAGCCAUAGGGAACGUGAGGCGUUUUGCAGAGUUUUUCAAGCUUCGCCUGCGGUCACCAUUAUUUACCUUUGUGAAGAAUCACUCUAAUUUACCUUUGGGGUGACUAAAUGUCCAGACUUUUCAGAGCUUUAGUUUGGUGCACCUUGAAGCCAUUUGGGCUUGUUUGCCUGAAUGAGGAAAUAUUAAGUGUUUUAUCUGGAUUCUGAUUGUCCCUGGCAUUUAAGUGGCUGGGGGUGGUAUGGGUUGUUUGUUUUCUUGCAACAAUGGCAGUAGAGACAGGGUUGGUGUAUUUGUUAUUCCAUAAAUAUAAAAUGCCUGCUAUAUACCUGGGCCCCAGGAAUUACAAAGAUAUGUUAGGUACAGUCCGUCUUCUCUGAGGAGGUUUGCAUAUGAUCAGAAAUAACACAAGUUCUCAAAAAAUUGGAAUAAAGUAAGUGAUAUAACAGCUGCAAAGGUGGGAAAGAAAAAUUCUGAGAAUUGAAUGAGAACCUCUUCAGAGAGUUUGUGGUUGAAAUGACUUAAAAACUGGGUUAAGAUUUUGCUAAGUGGAGUCAGGGUGGAAACGGGCGCUAAUUGAAGAGAACUACAGGUAUGAAGGUUUCAAUGCUCAGAAACUGCAGCAUCAUCAUUAGCUCAAGUGGGAACAGCGAAGGCAGUGAUAGCUUUGUGCAAGAUGGGGUCUGUCAUGAGGAUUAAAAUGAACACUUUUGUCCACAGAAAGCACCCAGACAUGUUAGCUAUCAUGUGAUCUCACCACGGGAAAAGGACCUCUUAUUUCCAUUCCCAUGCCACCUGGGGUUUACAGAUCUGGCAUGAAGGAGGUAAAGAGGGUGCCUGGGAAGGUGGGAGCAGGGAUGCCUAAACUGAGAGUUAAAGAAUAGCAGGAGUUGUGUGUGAAUGGGAGGAAAUGCAUGCCUCCUAAGCGGCUGCUCCCCUUGAGUACAUUCCUAACAACAGUUUUCUCUGAGAACUUGCUGGGUUGGCCUGGCCAGGGAGGAGGAAGCAGCUAGUAGAAGGACAGAACCUGAAGGCAUCAGGAGCCUCACAGAAUCCUUGUCACCUAAUCCAAGAAAUUUGUAAGCCCUUUAAAGGCUUCCUUUGGAGCUUCGAUAUUAGUUGCUAGUAAAUGCAUCCACUUGAUGGGGAUGUUGUGAUUAAAAAGCAAUAACUGUACUAAAUUGCCUCAACUGUGAGCUGCUCUAUUCAUUAACUCCAUAAUUUUAAUUAAAACUGCCAUGUAUUAAUAAAUGAGUAUAAUAUAAACAUUUUAAAUACACAAAGAAACUUAAAAUGGUAUGAAACAAACAGGAAAAGCUUUAUAAUUGUUUCUCCUGCUCUGAGCACACAUGUAAGAAGAAACCUACAGGUAAUUCUAAAUAGCUUCAGGGUACACCACUUCAUAUCCAUAAAGCAAUCCAUAAAGCCAGUCAUUCUCAAACUGAGUUAUUAUUUUAAAUGAUUGCAACUAUUUAAAUGUUUUUUAAAAAUUGUAAUGAAAACCACCCCAGCUCAGAGUGUACUAGGAAGAUUUUAAAUUAGUGCAGCCACAAUGGAAAACAGUGUGGCGGUUAUACAAAAAAGUGAACAUAGAGUCACCUGUCACCCAGCAGUUCUAGGUAUAUACCCAAGAGAAAUGCACAGGUAGGUCUGAUACAGAAUGCCCCUCAGUUUCCCUCAGCCAAUAAAAGGAAACAGCUUGAGGAGAAGGACAGUAGGUUCAUCUGUCGACAAACUGAGGAGGGCAGCAGACUUGUGUCUGAAAGACCACUGUCCUGCUCUUUGGCAGAUGGCGGGGGUGUUUAUGCAAAGGGGUCAAACAGAAGGGAGGCGGGCAAGGAUCAGUGUGUCCUUUUGAUGCAGGCAUAGGGAGAUUCGGAGUGGGCGCCAGCUUGCUUUGUUAAAACCUGAUGUUUAACUUCCUUAUUAUCCUCCUAGGGAUGGCCUUCCUUUUCCUUACAAUGCAAGAGGAUGCAGCAGAUAGGAAUGCUUAUCUGAUGGGGCAGAAAGAGAGGCCUGUCCUGUUUCACUGCAUCACACAAAGAAUGUUUAUCAUGGUGUCACUCAUAAUAGCCAAAGUGGAAACACCUCAGUGUCUGCACCUGCUGAGUGAACAAACCAUGUGGUAUUCCUUACAGUGGCUUCUCUAGGAGGAAUGAAGCAGCCCUGCUUGGGCACGAACCAUGGUAACAAGGCUGAGUGACAGAAAAAAAGUUGAUGUACUGUCUGACUGCACACAGGUGAGAAGGCCAAAGCCAGAGAAACAAGGUAGAAGCUAGGACCUGGGGCAGUAGGGAAUGGGAAGUGACGACUAAAGGGUACCAGGUUUCUUUUGGGGUGAUGAAAUCUUCUGAAACUUGAUAUUGCAGGUGACUGUGCUACUCCAUUAGUAUAUUAAAAACCACUUAGUUGUAUGCCUCAAGAGGGUGAGUUUUAUAAUAAGUGAGUUAUAUCUCAAUAAAAUUACUGACCCCCCUUCUCCCCCCCCAAAAAAAAAAAGAUUUGGGGAGGAGAAAAAGGAACAGACUUGUGGAGGCUUUCCUGAGAGCUAGAAAUGAACUUUGAAUUUGAAUAGGGGUCAGUCAGGUUAAGAGAAGUGAGGCCCCUCAGAUGCUUCCAAGCUAUUUCUGUCAUUGAAAUUUCCUAACUUUAUACUUUUAAACUGCCAUUACGUCCUUCUAGAUCCUCCUCCAGAUUCUCGAAGUUGUUUCCAGGAAUCCUUGGGGCCCAGUGGGUGUUCACUCACUGUGGGAGAUGCUGAGGGUGACUUACUUCUUUCUCUUAGCAUAGUCUGAGAGGCUGUCAAACCAAAACCCUACAUUUCCCAGCCUCCCUUGCAGUUAGAGUGGCCAUAUGAAUGAUCUCUGACAAGGAGAGAUAUUCCCAAAGAGAAAUCUGGGGUUUCAAGCCUUUCUUUCUUGACCCUUUCUGUUUCGCUGCUCAAAGCAGCAAUGCCUGGAGGUGCAGCAGCACUACUUAAUUAUGGAAAAUGCUAGAAGAAAGGUUGUGGGUACUACUGGAACCUAUACUGGGAUUGAAAUGGCUGGAAAGAUGGGGAAAACUUCUCUGAGAAUGUGAUGACUCAGCUGAGAGCUGAAGAAUGAGCAGAUAUCAAUGAGUGACCAAAAUGGGGAAGAUUUCCAGGUUGUGAGGACUGUGUAAGUGCUCCAUGGAGUUGUCUGAGGGGCUAAAAUGAAGAUCAAUAGAUGGGGAGAAAAGAGGAAAUAAAAUUAAUCAGGAAUGAGAGGUAAGUCGGGGCAGUGUAGGUUCUAUUAAGAACCUGAUCCUAGGGCCUCCCUGAUGGUGCAGGAGUUAAAGUCUCAGCGCAAUCAAACUAUCGCCAGCCACUGCCGCAUGAAGUUCGAUCCCCGGCCAGGGAGCUGACCCACAUGGCAUAGCAGACCUCUCCUGUCUUGCCUGCUGCUCCCCUCAGCAGUGUAUUUCAGUCAAUCUGCCUGUUCUGCACCCUACUCUAUCUCUGGUGAAUCCUCUCCAUCCCCACACACACCUCUGACCUAUACCCUAGCUCUUAUAUGGAUAAAUAAAAUAAAAUCUUAUAUAUAUAUACAUAGGUUAUUCA